GGGGGGAGGACGGGCAGCUGGUCUGACGGACGGAACCUUUCCUGCGGCCGGGGAGUGGGGGGGCGGACGGAACCUUCCUUGUCCCCGGGGAAGGGGGGCAGCGACACGUUGUAGAGCCCCCCUUGGCCGCUCCCCCCAGUGGGCUCGCCCGCGGGACCCGAUCCGGCGCCAUUUCGGGGGCUGGAUGCGCGGGCGCCGCGGCCCCUCCCCCCCCCGCCGGGGGUCCUGGCGCGGCUGAGGGAGGGCGGCGGCGGGCGGGCGCCAUGGACCUGCGGACGGCCGUGUUCAACGCGGCGCGGGACGGUAAGCUGCGGCUGCUGGCCAAACUGCUGUCGGGCCGGGCGCCGGGCGAGGUGGUGGCGCUGGUGGGCGAGAAGACGGGCGGCGCGACGCCGCUGCUGAUGGCGGCGCGCUACGGGCACCUGGACACGGUGGAGUACCUGCUGGACCACUGCGCCGCCGCCAUAGAGGUGGGCGGCUCAGUCAGCUUCGAUGGGGAGACCAUCGAGGGCGCGCCGCCACUGUGGGCCGCCUCGGCCGCUGGCCACCUGCGCGUCGUGCGCUGCCUGCUGGAGCGCGGCGCCUCGGUCAACAACACCACGCUCACCAACUCCACGCCACUGCGCGCCGCCUGCUUUGACGGCCACCUUGACAUCGUCAAGUACCUGGUGGAGCACCAGGCCGACCUGGAGGUGUCCAACCGCCACGGCCACACCUGCCUCAUGAUCUCCUGCUAUAAGGGCCACAAGGAGAUCGCCCAGUACCUGCUAGAAAAGGGCGCCGACGUCAACCGCAAGAGCGUCAAAGGAAACACUGCAUUACAUGAUUGUGCGGAAUCUGGAAGCUUAGAGAUCAUGAAGAUGCUUCUUAAAUACUGUGCAAAAAUGGAAAAAGAUGGAUAUGGUAUGACUCCUCUCUUGUCAGCCAGUGUUACAGGUCACACAAAUAUUGUGGACUUUCUGACCCAGCAUGUACAGACCAGCAAGGCUGAACGCAUCAAUGCUUUGGAACUUCUAGGAGCAACCUUUGUGGACAAAAAGAGAGAUCUGCUUGGUGCCCUGAAAUACUGGAAAAGAGCUAUGGAGAUGAGAUACAGUGACAGGACUAACAUCCUCAGCAAACCUGUGCCACAAACGCUGAUAAUGGCUUACGAUUAUGCCAAGGAAGUGAACAGCUCAGAGGAGCUAGAAAAUCUUAUUGCAGACCCUGAUGAGAUGAGAAUGCAAGCGCUGUUAAUUAGAGAACGUAUUCUUGGUCCUUCUCACCCAGAUACAUCUUACUACAUUAGGUACCGGGGUGCUGUCUACGCAGACUCUGGUAACUUUAAACGAUGCAUCAACCUAUGGAAGUAUGCUUUGGACAUGCAGCAGAGCAAUUUAGACCCACUGAGCCCUAUGACUGCCAGCAGUCUGUUAUCCUUUGCUGAACUCUUCUCCUUCAUGUUGCAAGACAGAGCAAAAGGUCUGCUGGGCACCACUGUGACAUUCGACGAUCUUAUGGGUAUACUGUGUAAAAGUGUCCUCGAAAUUGAGCGGGCCAUGAAACAAACUCAGAGUCCACCUGACCCCAUACAAUUGAACAAAGCCCUUUCCAUCAUCCUGCAUUUAAUUUGCUUGCUGGAAAAAGUUCCUUGCAGUUCAGAACAGGAGCAUUUUAAAAAGCAGACUAUUUAUAAGUUCCUUAAGCUGCAGCCUAGAGGAAAGAAUAACUUCAGCCCACUUCAUCUUGCCGUUGACAAGAAUACUACAUGUGUAGGUCGCUACCCAGUUUGUAAGUUCCCCUCUCUGCAAGUUACUGCUAUUCUGGUGGAAUGUGGUGCUGAUGUAAAUGUCAGAGACUCUGAUAACAACAGCCCCCUGCACGUUGCUGCAUUGAACAACCAUCCAGAUAUUAUGAAUCUUCUUAUCAAGUCAGGUUCACACUUUGAUGCCACAAACUUGCAUAAACAGACCGCUAGCGAUUUGCUGGAUGAGAAGGAAAUGGCAAAAAAUUUGAUCCAGCCUAUAAAUCAUACUACAUUACAGUGUCUUUCUGCUCGUGUCAUCGUAAAUCAUAACAUAUGCUAUAAAGGGCACAUCCCCGAGAAACUAGAAAACUUUGUUUUGCUCCAUAGAUGAUAAUGUGACAGUUCCACGGUACUGUUGUUGAAGCACGAGUUGGUGACAUUUAAUUGUUGCUUUCUCAAGCACUGUUGUGAUACACCAGCGUUAAUUUAGCUUGACCCAUCAUGCUGUCAUUGGCUAAAGCAUUGUUAGCAUCAGAUCUGCAGAAUUGGUUACCCAGUAUUUAAUAUGAAUAUGCCAUAUAAUAUAUUUUGUGGAUUAUUUAGAAAUGUAAUGCCAUAUUUAGACUCUUUAAAUUGUCUGCCAAAGGCUUGUCUACUCUGGUUUUAUUUGCCUGUUGGGUGUUUGGGACUGAGUUAAUAAUUUUCACUGGUGUCUUUUUACUAUUACUGGUAUGUGGAUUUUAUACAGUUGGAAGGUCAUCUUUUUUUGUUUUUGCUUGAGCAUUUCUGCUCUAAUUCUGUUCUUUUUUUUUUAUGGACUCAUUGCUAAAUUGUACAAGUUGUAUGGACUUGUUAACAUUUGCAAUUACCAUAAGUGCUUUAUCUUCUCUAUGCACUGGCUUAAACAUGACUGUUGUGUGUUAGCAUAUUUCUAUGCAGCAGUUGGCCAACUUCAACUCAAACUCCAUUUUUUGCAGUUUGUUGGAGCUCUUUUUUGAGAAUACUGCCUUCACAGCAUGACAACUUUUGGAGCUACGUGUCAGCUCUCCAAGCUGUUUUUGGUUUGACUUUUUUACUCUAGCUGUAUCUGAGAUUUGCUUUCUCUUAAUCCUCUGGAAAUGCGUGCUAAAUUUGGGAGAAAAAUCUCUUUGUUCUCUUGGUAAUCCACUUGAAAUUUAAGUCUAAAAGUCAUUCUAAUGCAUCAUGCAGUAAGGGGAAGAGUCUUCAUCAUGUACAACUGACACCUUUCCCUUGCACUAAUGUCUUGCUUGUGCUGAUUGUGUGACUAGAUGUGAAGAGUUUGCUCAAAUUUUAACCUCAAAUGUAAUACACUUUAAAGAGAAAUAGAUCAAAUGUAUGCUGUAGUCUGAAAUUACAAAUCAGCUUCUUUAGCUACAAAGAAACUAAAGCAUGUCAGUGGUAUGAAGCUUGUCAAUCCAGAUCUAGACAUCAUUUAGUAUAAUUAUAUUAUAGUAAGUGGCUCUCUGCCAAGGUAUCAAAAGUUACAUAGCAGUGUCCCUUUCUCUUCAUUUUAAAUACACCUUUAUAGAUAAUUUGCAUGCAUCUUACAUCUCUAGUAUUGGUCAGCAGUAAUAAAGGAAACACCAGAAGUUGUGUUGUGUACAUAGCUCCUAAUGAAAGUUACCUAUUUUUAUAAUAUUUGCACAACAGCUUAGCUAUUGCAGCAGAAAGGGCUCUUUUGACUUGUUAAGACAUCCAUAAGUGAAGAUUUUAAGUGAGAAUGAGAUUCAGGUAGUCAAUAAAAUACAGCACUUUACUGUUGAUUCAGAGUAAAAUUUAUUGUGGCAUAUAAGCCCUGAAAAUGUCUUUAAAAUAAAAUUAUUCUCACAGAAAACAAUCUUUGAUUGAAUAGAAUGCAGUUUACCUGCCAGUUCAGUGGUCUUGCAUUGUGGGUGGUUUCAUUUUGUUUCAGUGAUGGGCAGUAAACAGAGUGUACCCAAUGGGUUUUUUCUAUCUCCAAAAAAAUCAGUGGGUUGAUCUGGACCCUUUUUGGAUUAGGGACCCGCAUCAGAUGAUGGAGCCAUUUUAAAAGCCAAAUUAAUGAGACUUGGGUGAUUUAAUCGUUUUAGUCUUUUAAUUUGAUUUUAGAAUACUUUGUCCUUGAUAUUUGUGAUUUGAUUUGGUGAUGAGCACAUCCCUGACAGAGUAUAAAAAUAGUGCUUGCUGCCUGGCUGUUUCAAUGUCUCCUUUCCCUUAGCGCAUGACAUCAAGUGAAGCCAAGUGGUUGGAUGGCCUUGACGCAUGUGUUGGGAUACUUCUUUACAGCCAGCAGACAUGUUGAAAGCAAUAUUGUUUGAGAACUGCAUUUUAUAUAAAACUUUGUACUUGCAAAGUAUAUUGAAACAGCUUUCCACUCUUUGUCCCUUGAUGCACAUAUGUUGUUUGUGUGAAAAACCAAAUUAUGAGGAAUUCCUGUUCAGAAUUUCUCUUGCAAAGUUAUUAGUAAAUUUGCACUAGUGAAUUUUUAUACAAUUGGCUGAAAUUCUUUGACUUGUAAUGAUUAAAAUACAUGCCACCCCAGUUGUUGAUUGCAAGAACAAGUAAUUUGAUUUCAGUUCUUUAUUUUUAAUAUUCUUUGUUUUUCCUUACUAUUCCUCAAGUCAAUUUCAUUAAGAAUCCACAGCGCGCUGUAGGAAUGAACAGUGAUUAUAUUUGAAGCUCCAACGUGGGUCAUGGAAAAAGGGUUCUAGAGCAUGCCUUGGACUCCAGAAUCUGUGCUGCUCUUUAGAGUGAGGAGUUGACAUUUCUUACUUGAAUAGAACAAUAGAUGGUUAAAGCUGGACAUUUUUCUCCAAGAGGUUUCUGUUUGAGACUUCAGAAAUAUGAUGUAAAAAUAACAUUUACGGGAAUACUUUGCUGGUGCUAUCAAAUUUUUUUUAAUUGGAAAACAUCCCAAGGAGUUUUCUAGUUAACCAGAAAGAGCACAUGGCUUUCUUUGCUUAUAGAGCCAAUGAAGAUAGUGAAGUCUUUCGUAUACAUUUUUUUUAUUCUGUUGUCUACUAAAUCUACUUAAAAUAUUUUUUUUUAAAGAAAUGUACCUCCCAUGGGAUAACUUACCUAUUCUGCAUGGGUCUCCUAUAUAUCUAUGACAACACCUCCAUCCUAAAACAUACUGUUCCAGAUUUUGAAUUUGUAAUGGCAUGAGGCUGCCCAUUGAACUCUUACUUGUGAUCUCAUCAACUAUUCAGACCUAGGACUUCAUAGGGGAAAGACUGGUACAUUUAACCCCAUUUUACAUUUGGUCUUUUACCAUCACAUUAUAAUUCCUAAUUUUUGUUUCAUUGUUAAACUACAGCAGUCUAGACUCCAUGGUAGUUAUUAUAUGAGUGAUCCCACAGAUACGAGUUAGUGGGCUGGUAAAUGUAGCUUUGAAUAUUCACCUCCUGGACUCUUGUUUUUGGUCUUGUUACUCCUUCAGUGUUGGGAAGUGUUGGUACAAAUUUAACACUAUGGUAACUGUGGCAGCUUUGUUAGCUGGAACUUGAAUUCUGUGAAAAAGUAAUUCAAGAACAUGGACUAUUAGGAUGGUUUCUUUUCUAUUUUUUCCCCAUAACUGGUAAUUUUCCAUUUUCUUAUUUUCUAUUAUAUGUUUCUCUGAUGGAAAGAGAAACCAUUUUACUCUUGUUGCUGGAGGUCUCAGUCAAAUGCCAUAGAGUAUCAAGAACAAUACACAUUUUGAGUUUCAUUAUAUUUUGAAAUGGCUGAAAAUUUUCCAGCAUAUUCCUAUGAGGAUAAGGACACAGAUACCCCAUAGAGGCAUACUUGUGGAGAAAUAUGAGGUAGAUUUUUUUUUUUUGAGGCAUACUCAAAGAUUUUCUGUUGUUCAGCUCUCUUGGAGCUUUCACCAGAGUACUUUCAUCCAGGAAAGUGAAAAAUAAACAGUGGUAGAAAAUGAAACUCUUUUCUCUUCCACCAAAUUCUAAAGUUAAGCUAGUAUUUUCCUGUCAAUGUUAUUACCAUCCUUAUAGCAAGUAUUUCAUAUGUAUAUGCGUCUAUGGCCAUUCUGACUGCUACACUGCACGAAGUAAAGACCAUGUAAUUAUUAAGCAUCAAUUGGUUAUUUUCUCUCUAAUAGAAGGAUGGAUUUUUACAUUCACAAACACUUUAUUAAUUUUAAAAAUAUAAUUUGGAAGGUGCAAAAUUGAGUCAUCUGUUUCUGCAGAACGAGUAUAGAUGUUGUAAUGCAAGUUUUCCACUACCCAGUCAUGCAUCAUUCGUGAACUGGAUGACCAGAAUUUUUGAAGGGGUGGGUAACUCAUCUCUAGUCCAUGCUUAGUAUUUCAAAUGGAUCUGUUUUGAUGAGGAUGUCCAAUUCUAGUCUCUCAAAUGAGACUGUAAACAAAUGUAGGGUGGUAACUGGCUGACAGAUGCUCAGCUUCACCUUUAGCUGCAGAUACCACGGUUCUCCCAAUCUCUCCAGCAAUCCUAAUAGGAAAUAUGCUUAAAUAUUUCCUAACUUCCAAACAAUCUUUUUUUGAGAAUUUGUUUUUAAAAAUGUUGGACUUUCAAAUAGGUACCCUUUAAAAAGGAAAGGGGUUUUCUGACAUUUAAUACAGAAGAAUAAAGCCCUUUAUAAGAAAAAUGUCACUUUAAGUUUCAUUUUGGUUGUAAGAUAAUAGUGGCUGUAUGUAGUCUUCGGCUGUGGAUGUAGUCUAUUUUCCACUACAGACUUAAUUGAAUAUUUCACAAGUUACACGUGGAAUGCUGACUGGUUUCUUCAAUACUAAAAGUAUGACUACGAAGACAUAACACUAAGUUCCAUCUUUUGUCUGUACCAUAAAGUCAAAUUACAGUAUGUGGUAAUUGGUAUUGGAAAAUAAUUUUGCAGGGAAGAGGAAAUUGAUGGAAGUAUACUAUAAAUGAAGGAAGGGGAUAAAUGAAUGUAGUUUGAAGCACACUGUUUUGUACUGUGCUAAUCCUUUGGGUUCUGUGAGUGUGAGUAACUGUUGGGUAGGUUUGGAUCCUUCACUGGGGACAGAGUGGGGAGUGAUUGUUCACUUUGGUUUUUAACUUGUUUUGUAUACAUGUUCCAUCCUAUCACACAGACUUCCUAUGCAGGGCUAGUUCGGUGUAUUGAAAUACUGUGGUUUCUUUUUUACGUGAAGUAAUUAAGCUUUAAUGGGAAUGUAAAAAAGGAAUAACAAGCAUUUCUCUGCUCUUACUCUAUAGGCUCCAAAUGCAAACUACAUUAAACUUACAUUUUGGAGAGUAUCUGUCUGAGUCUCUCUCUCUCUCUCUCUCUCUCUCCUCUCUCUCUCUCUCUUUUUUUUUCCCUCCCUUUAAGGCUACUUGUAGCAUCACUUUUUAACUACAUCUCCAUGGAAAUUUUGCUUUUAAACCCUGAUACUAUAGCUGUACCAUUCUCCUGCUGCAGUCAUUAAUGACAACAUCAGGAAAGGAAAUGAAAUAUAACAGUUCUGUAUCCAGUGCAACUACAGCCCAGAUGUCUGAAGUCUGAAUAUGGACACAGGAAAAAAAUAAUGUCAAAAGUCCAAAAGUGAUUCUAAAUUAUAGAGAGAAGCUAUGUGAGAUUAAUAUAGUUGCUAGUACCCUUAUAAAUAUUAUUCACUUCCUUAUCUGUACAGCCUAUGCCAGGGGUGAGCAAAAUGCGGCCCGCGAGCCGUAUGCGGUCUGCCAGGCCAUUCUAUCCAGCCCCCCGGGGCCUCCCCAAAAUUUAGAAAAUUAAUAUUUAUCUGCCCCUGGCUGCCUGUCAUGCGGCCCUCCGCCCAAAAUAAUUGCCUGACCCUGGCCUAUGCGAACAUAAUUAACAAACAAGUAGAAGAAACUUGAGCAAAACUCAUGAUUUUUCACCAAAAAGUUAUCAUGACUUACAGGUUCUCAAAAUACAAGAUUUGUAACUUGGUCCAUGUUGGGAUUUUUGUAGGUUGGGUUGGUUGUUUUUUUUUUUUGAUGGAGGGUGGUAAUUAAAUUUCCAUAUUCCAAGCCAAAUUUGACAAAUCAAAUUCCAAGUCAGUCCAGAACCAUAAGUGGCCCUACUACCGGCAAACAUCCUCCACCCCAAUCUGGGGCUUCAGAUGUUUCCAAAUCCUUUGACAGGCACCUUACUUGCAGGUCCAAGCCUGAAGGCUUGGGGUUUGGAUGCCCCUGAGUUUUGCUUGCCCUCAGCCGUAUGGCCCCAGGAGCAAGCUAGAGUUGAGUCUCCCCUUUCCAUAAAGUGGACAUAAAGCUAAGAUCUUCCUACUCCAGCAGCUAAGUGGGAGGUUUACUACGUUAUCCCCUGUGCCGGGAGAGCAGUCUUCCCCGGGUACAACUAGGAAGACUACCUCAGUAGUCACUGUCUCCAUUGCCAGGUAAGCAUAGGGCUAUGCUUGAUCUGAGCCCACAAGAGGCCGAGAAGCAACUUGGUCUAUGUAGUUUGCAGAACUGAGCAGGAGAAACCCUUUGAAAAUGUCGCUUAUCUGGAAUCUGCAUAGUCAUUUCUGUUGCGCUACAAAGGGUAGUAUGCACCUCGCUCCUGGGAACAAACUUAGAUUUAGGAGUGGUGUCGCACAUUCAACUUAACACUUACUAAGUACUGUUGACAUGCAAGCAGAUGAAUAUUCAAGUAAUUUAGCACAUGCCUCUUGGCAUUGCAAUGACAUUGUCUUUUUGGCAAGGGUUAUCUCCUAAUACAUACUAACUUUACUAGGCUACUACAUUCUAGUAAUUUGUAAGUGCUGCAACUGAACAAGUGACACCACCCAAAUAUGUGCAAACUUUAAUAUAUCACAGCAUUCCAAUGAUGUGCACCUGUUGCAAGUAAAUGUGUGACAAAGCCCUUGGACAUGGCACAAGGAGUCAAUGACCAGCCAUGGAAAAAGGAUGAGGUACCUGGAUGAAGAUGACCAGGUUUUCACAAUAAAAUGAAAUGGUUAAACAGCCUAAUGGCUCAAAUAAAUAUUUCUCAAUUAUUUUUACUCAAUUUUGGGAGUAUUGUUGAAGAAAUAAAUUUUGCCUCAUGCAGAGUGAGUGGUCAGUCAAGGAAGGGUGUGGCUUACAUAGAGGGUGAUCAGUUGGAGGAGAAUGUGGCUUAUCUCCCCUUGUAUCACUCUGAUUUGGGAGGAAGUUGAGAUGAGAAGAUGAUACCCACAACCUUGUUUCUGUCUGACCUAUAGUAAACGCAAGCUGGUACAAAAACAGUUUUGUUUCUUUUUGCUUAUCAGUGGGUGCUGUUUCCUGGCAGUAGCACAACCCAGUCUUUGUUAUGCUUGCAGCUAGAUAUGUUCAGUGUAGACUUUAUCUUGGGUGCAACCCUUUUUGACACUUUUCCAGCAUCAUCUUAAAAAAAUAAGGCUGGUUUUAACCACCAAAUAUACAACUUUUUUUUUAACUUGUCCAGAAUUGUAUUAUUCUUGGUUGCUUGAUAUCUUGUCUGUCACAGUCUUGGAUAGUGAAGGGAAAAUGUUUAUUGACCAAACUUGGGAAGCCACCUGGAGGAGAGAGUUUGUAAGCAACUCAUGACUCCUAGAUAAUAGCAGGAUGCAUGGUACAAAUUGGAGUUGGGGAAUGAGAAUUAGAUGGUCUGGAUGAUUCCUACUGCCAAUGCACCGCCUAGUUACCGAGAAUGCAUCAAGUAUUCAGGCAGCAUACACUACCUUCCUCCUGAUGAUCUUAAAACUUAGUUUAUAAAAACAACCAAAUAUAGCUUGCAUCUUAGCAGCAUUUUGAGCUAAUGCUAUCUCCAUUUUGCAGAUGCAGAAGCAGUUGCACAGAAAAAUGCACUGCCCGUGACAAAUUCUUAGAGGAAGCCUGUGUUGAAGCAAAGAACAGAAUUCCUAAUUCCUGAUUCCUAAUCUUAUGAUUUAGCUAUAAUACCAGGUUUCUUUAGUGUAUAACUUUAAUUUCAUUUGCACAGAGAGUCUUUUUGUUCCUCUUUUUCCAUGUUCUGUUUAGUUCUUGUACUGUGCCCAUCAGCAGGGUGUGGCAUUAAGGGAUUUUGCUAUAAAUCCAGAGGGAAAAGGUCUGGAUUCUUGUCAACCCGAGCGUAAGUGGAUACUUGGUCAGUCAUGCUGGAAGGUCAAAGGUGACUAGAUGUGAUUUUAGCCACCUUACCUCCUUUACGUGCUACUGACUAUGACCUACCUUAACCCUGCUAGCCCAGUGGGCCACUUGGUGCUGGAAGCCACUUGAGUUUUCAUUGACUAUCCCGCACUGAGGUGUUGUCUGAGCAUCAAAUUUUUCUUGUCCCAAUAUUCUCAUCUUGCUUGUGCUGUUUUCUUAAAUUGCAUGUUUCAGUUAUGUACUAUUUGUGCUACUGACCCUAAAAUGAGAACUUAGUAAAAUCCACAAAAAUAAACCUUUCCUCGAAUUAUA